AUGGAUAUAAAAGCAAAAAUCCUUCAGCGCCUAUCUCACGCUACGCGUGGUUUCGCCGGCAACAUCGCCUAUGGAAUCAAGCUAUGGAAAUCGCCCAGCUUCUACUACAUGUCGAAAUACGACAUUACGUUUAACUAUUUCCUCGACAAUGUGGAACAGUUUUUCGACGAGCUGGAAACCCAUGAUGAGGCACAGUUUAACGAACAUUGGCAGAUCGUCAACAACUUCCUCCUGUUACCGUGCCCUUCCAAUGCACUUCCUGCCACGGUGAUAAAACGCUUGGAAGAAAUACUACGGAAGUUGACGGAGAAAGCCACAGGUAGAAGGGAACAACUUCUGGAAAGUUGUCUAAUCGUAGCCUUCGAUGUGAAAUACAAAAACUUUUACAAGUUUGAUUUCUUUGCGUAUGGUGCUGUACUACGGAUUGCGCUGGAAUACUAUAAGCAGUGCCUGAAAGAGCCCAAAUCCAAAGAGGAGGAAGAAAAGGUCGUUGAUCGAAUUUUUGAUGAUAUUAAAAUCUACCUCAAAUCAUUCUCGGACCAGCACAAAUGGAAGAAAACAUUCGACAGCGUCGUGUCACCAUUGUCCGAGAUGGUUCUGCUGUUGGAAAAGCAUGGCAUCAAUCGUCGUAUGGAACUGUUGGACUUCUUUCAACAAGUGUACUUUACCAAUGAAAACGUCACUACUUUCAACCGCACUAAGGAAGGCCAAAGCCAACAGGCAUUUAUGGGCAGCUUUGAUCCGACCCAUUAUCCACUCCACGUAAUUGCGCUGUUGAUAGAAGGAUUUCUUCGUGCGUAUCGUGAUUUGAAGCUGGAAAUUUUGCUGUUCUUAAAGCAUUACCUGCAGAAUGUGUUUGUGACUGAAGCCCAUUCCAUCGUUAAGGAUGGCCAUCAAAAGUUUGCCAUUACGAAGUACGUGUUUACGCUGCUGAAGCGUUAUUUCAUCAUGGUCGAUCAGCAGCUGAUGGUGGACUUUAACUUCAUCGAGAUUCUGACCACGAAGUUGAAGGAGCAGCUCGACAUUUGUUCCACUUCCGAACCGAUGAUGCGCGAUUUGCUCGACCUUAUCUGCACGAUCAACGAAUACAACCCGCUCAUUCUCGAGCACAGCAUCGUGGAUAUCCUGCUGAAGGUUAUGUUUAUGCGCAAAGAUCCGGCGACACUGCACGCCUUCCAGCGGACACUCGUGUCGACCGUAAACAUGUUUAUGAAGCUAAACAAAAGUGAAAACCUUUGCGACGAACUGUUUAUGAAGCUUGGUGAUCAUCUGGAGGAGCAUGAUUUAGAUGAGACGAUUCGAGAAUUGCGUAAGAAGCAUACCGGUAAAAGAAAGGUUGACGAUGGCUCUUCUAACACUCCUUCGAAAAAAAAGAAACUUGCUGGCGGAUUUGCACAGCCUGUGGAAAUAGUAUCGAAAAGCACGAAUGUGUUUUGGAAUGUGUUGCUUUCCGGACGUGAAGUGUUUCAUGAAACUGGACGGAUGCAACAUCGUGCCCAGUUCCAUAACUUUUGGCCAGGAUUAACCUUUGCCUGGCCCGAUGCUGAUGGCCAGCUGGGUGAAGUAAUGAAGGAGUUCACAAAGCAACUGCUGACGAAGCGCAGCCUUUCAUACUGGAAGAAGUUCAUGCUAACGCUAAACGACCUAAUGGAACUGCCGGAACAGACGGUGAGCACUGUCUUCCAGAUGGAAUUGGCCCUGUGUUGGAUGUGUUACUUCUUCGCCGGAAAUACGCUGAUUGAACAUUCGAAUCUGUUUUGGCCAAGGCUUGUCGCGUGCAUUGAAGAGUUUGAUCAGAUAUUGGGCACCAUUGGGCGUAAAAUACUGACAGGAGAGGGAGAGGAAGUUACGACGUUGUACGGCGCGUUCUUAAACGUGGUUUACUAUUACGGAAACUAUCGACUGAUGGUGCUUUACUAUCGGCCAGAUUCGAUAGAGGAAAGCAACUAUGGAAAGUUGCGGGUCUACUUGAAUGAUUCGGAGUGGCAUAUGCUCGAGCAACGUGUUCCAGAACAGGACCUUCCCUUGCUGAAUAGAGUGCUAUUACAGAAACUACAAUUGUUUUACUUUGCGGAGCAAAAGCAACCUACAGAAGCGGACCAAGAGGAGGACACUUCCAAUCACGAGGAAAGACAGCGAAUAAUUGGGAAAAUUCUGAAUGAUGAAACUGGCGAAAAUGUGCGUCCGGUUCUACUUGAUCGUUCGACCAAUGUUUGGUUUAUGGGACUGCUGGACAAAAAGCAGCAAAGAAUCGUUAUGCAGCGUUUGCUUGAUCGUGCCUAUUGUCCGCUUGAAGAAAUUAAGUACAUUCUACAGGAAGUAUCUUCCAAUCACGAUCUGCUGGAGGUUUACUUGUUGACAGCUUACAAGAAAAUAGCUGAACUGUUAUCGCACUCGGACAAGUCUGCCAUACUUUCCGAUUUAUCCUUCAAAGGUCUGCUCGAACAGGAUGAAGCAGAUGUUGCGCCCAAACUAAAGCAAUUGCUCGAACAGAAUGUCACCAAUGUAACGGAAGAGAAGAUCGACCUCAAAUCAUCGGCUGUAAGCGAUUUGGAGCAUCUGUUAGAUAUCCUGGACGAUAUACGGCUAGAUUCAUUCGCACAGGGGAAAAAAUCGAUUCUCGUAGCUGUCCAUUUGUUGCUGCUGGCUAAUCUAAAUGCUUACAGCACGGAAAAGCUUGCGGAACGCUUUAAAAAUCAACUCAUAAGAUUCAUUCUGCUCGGUACAACGGCAAACAUGUCCAAGUUUGUCACUAUUGAAACCCUUUUCCGACUGUUCGGUCUAUCGCCGGUUGUGAUAAUCUUGCUGCAACAGUUGCUAGAACAACUUACGGAAGAAAAAAAUGAUGAGCUUAAAUGCAUUUUAUCAAGUUUUUCGAAUGAAAACGAUGUACACUUCGAGCUGUUGCUUCUUAUAUACAAUCUGGAGCGAAGAAUUAAUUAUCGUGAUCGGAAAUCCACAAUUCCAUUAGAGGAGCGGAAAGCUUUUCUGGACAACAUUGUAACAGCCGUGGAUGGUUAUUUACUGCAGAAGGAUGCUAAAAAGCUGCGUAAAAAGGACAUUACAGGGUUCAACCAUGCAUUAAAAGGAUGCUUAACUAGCAUACGACAUAAAGCGGAACGCCAGGAGGAGCUUAGCGAGCAGUUGCAUGAACAUUUGCUGGCGUACAUAAAACAAGCGAUGAAGGUAUUUACCUACAACUCCGAUAUGCUGUUAACGCGUUGCCUCAUCCACAAGGAGUACCUUAAGCUCGACGCUGUAUUGACGGGUGACAUCGAGCAAAAGUGCUGGGAAACAUUCCUCUCGCUGAUGCAAGAACAGAUGGCAAUCAAGGAGGAUCAAGAGCAUGGCAUGGCGCUGGACGAGGAAAAUCCUGCUGUCAGUAAAACCGACGAACAAAUGAGACGCAUCGAAACGAUCAUAACCGCCCUCGUCGGCCAUCUUUCGGAGGAACAAUACGUGGAGAAGCUAAACCUGCUGAACAGGGUAGACUUCGCCGGCAGCAAGGAUUCGUCGGCAUCGCUCAAAAUCACCAUGGCCGUGUUUAACAUCCUCUCCCGAAAGGGUCUAACCAGCACGGUCACGAAAGAAACGUGCAAAGUGUUUGUGCGUUCGUUUGCGGCCGUUGUUGCGCGGGAUGUGAUGGGAUUAUGCGUGCUGAACCAGCACCAGCGCGAUCAGGAUCUGGUCGAGACGAUUCUGGAGUGUUUUGCGACCAUCAUCGCGAACCGCAAGCUCGCACUAUUUCCUGCACUGCUGGACUAUGUGUUGCAGUUUCUGAGUGCGAUCAACAUCUGUAAGCAGGCUUCCGUGGAGCAGGGCGAGGAGAGAGCCUUCUUUCGGUUGCAUCGUUUGAUGGGCAAUGUGUUGUACUGGCUGCUGCAAGCACGCCCCAGUUACGUAGCUGCUCGGCUGCCCAGUUACAUGCACGCCUACGAAGGAUUACUGGGAGCGCUCAUCUGCUAUAAAGGCGAUGUAGGUUUGGCAAAAAGUUUGAAUAGCUUCGAAAUACUUACCAUAUCCGAUCUGCUGCUACCGUUGCAAAGGAUCGUCAAUAUAGCGUGCAAAAAGCUGCAGAAACAGCUUUACGUCCUAGCACCGUACGUACUGGGAAAAAUUUUGCACACGAUCGUACAGUGCAAGCGAGCCACCACGGAGCACAACCGGAUCGCCAACAGCGUGUACAACGUUUGCUUCAGCCUGAUGGCCAUCUACGAUUCGCAUGCAUCGGCUUACCUGCUUCGCACGAUGGACGAAAGCUGUCGUAUACUGUUUACGACCUUAACGAAACGGUACGAAAGACGCAACGGGCAUAUCGGCUACAAGGCAAGAUGUAAGUCGUCUUAA